AUUUCCGAAUCUUUCACUGGUCGGUGUUCGAAUCAAAUGGACGGUGUUCGUAUAAAAAAUGACUUUUAUAACAAUCAUACUAAUGAUUUAAAACAUCAAAUCGCGCAAUUGGAGAGAAAAACCGCCACAAUUCCAAAACUCGAGAAUCAAUUGCAUAAAGCAAAGAAUCAGAAUAAGGUGCUACGACGUGAAUCGGCACUUUUCCCGUCAGCAUCUUGCGCUGAUGUAUCCAGAGUUGAAGAUCAAAAAGUGAAGACUUUGAGAAAUGAAUUGGCGGAUCUUAAGUUGAAACUUCGGCAGUUGGAAGAUGACAAUAAGGAGAAAGACAUGGAAAAUGACAGGCUGAUUCAGGAGAAUCGAACUUUGAAACGUGAAAAGCUGAAGCUUAUCAACUGUUUUAAAACCCAAAUGGCUGAAAAGGACGCCAUCAUUCGUGAACUCAACGAUGAAGUUGUUGAUCUUCGUGGCCAAAUUCGCGUGGCAAUCCGUGUUAGAGAUUUUGAGAGAGAUGGAUCUUCCAACUUUAGCAUCAUCUCACAAAAUGAGGUUCAACUCCAGCAGACCACCGGCCAAUCCAACACCUACAGUUUCGAGCACGUCUUCUUUCCUCCGACCGCCCAAUCCGGAGUUUUCGGUGAGAUCAAGGAGUUGAUCAUGUGUGCGCUUCAUGGAAAAAAUGUGUGUCUCAUCGCCUACGGACCAACUGGAAGUGGAAAGACUUUCACGAUGCGAGGAGAAGAUAGUGCUGAUUCGGAAGGAGUCAUUCCACGUGCUAUUCGAUUUAUGCUGGAGCAAUCAAAGAGAGAUCUUGCGAUGAUUGGUUGGAACUACAAAUUCCAAGCAUCCUUCAUUGAAGUUUAUAACGAAGAAGUCUAUGAUUUGUUGGAUGGGAAGCAGAAGUUGGAGGUAAAGAUAAAUGGAUCGAAGACGAAUGUAGUUGGACUGAAGAAAAUCGAAAUAGGAAACAUCUCCGACGUUGAUGUGAUUCUGAAUCUUGCCGAUUCGCAAAGAUCCGUAGCUUCAACAGCAUCUAAUGAGCAUUCAUCUAGAUCUCAUGCAAUUUUCCAAAUCUUCGUUGAUGGGCAAAACGCCUCUGGUGAGAUGGUUCAAUGCUGUCUCAACUUGGUGGACUUGGCUGGUUCCGAACGGGCGAAGGAGACGCAAGCUCGUGGGAAGCAGUUCACCGAGCUCACAAACAUCAACCAGAGCUUGAGCACUUUGAAAAAAUGCAUCCGAGCUCAAAUGACGAAGAUGUCGCAUGUUCCAUAUCGUGACAGUAAGCUCACAAUGGUGCUUCGCGAGUAUUUGGGUGCAGGAUCGUCGAAAACAAUGUUCAUUGCUCAUGCGAAUCCUCGUGAUGUUGCCGAAACCAAACGGACAUUGGAAUUCACUUCCGAGCUUCGUUCAACAAAUUUGGGAAAAGCAGUUGUUCAAACAGGACAAAAACUAUGAACUCUUUUUAGUUUUUAGACAUUUUUGAACUGUAUUGAAUAAAGACUUACAACUCG